GACAAGUCUGUUUACAAUCCGCGUUUUUUUACAACACCGUUGUGAUUAGCAUUUACUUUGUAAAAAUUUAACAGAAACCUCUGUAUAAUGGCGUCGUUGUCAGGCGUCCGCGUGAAUCUUUUCAAUGAGAAUUUCCUCAAUGAGUCUGAACAGGACGCUAACUCCGUGCUGACCGAACUUGACAAAGGCUUGCGUUCGGCGAAGUUGGGCGUACAGUGUGAGGCCAUUGUGCGCUUUCCUCGGCUCUUCGAAAAAUAUCCAUUCCCAAUAUUAAUAAACUCCUCAUUCCUAAAGUUGGCAGAAUUCUUUUGGAAUGGUUCGAAUUUAUUACGCUUCUGGGUACUGCGCGUUUGUCAACAAAGCGAAAAUCAUCUGGAUAAAAUACUGAAUAUCGAUGCAUUUGUUAAACGCAUAUUUAUGGUAAUACACUCCAAUGACCCUGUGGCGCGUUCAUUAACUUUGCGUACUUUGGGUGCAGUGUCUCGGGUUAUUCCAGAGAAGCAGCAGGUACACCAUGCAAUACGUAGAGCACUCGAUAGUCAUGAUACAGUAGAGGUGGAAGCUGCAAUUUAUGCAAGCGGUCAGUUUGCUGCACAAUCACGCUCGUUUGCGAUUAGUAUGUGCGCAAAAAUAUCUGAUAUGAUCGAAUCAUUACAAAUACCAGUACCAAUGAAACUACAACUUAUACCUGUGUUAAGGCACAUGCAUCACGACUCGAACACGUCUUCAUUGGUAAAAGAUCUCUGCUUGAAUUUGUUGCCAAAAUACCCGGCUGAAAGCUUCGUAGUUGCUAUACUAGAUUCUCUAACGCAACUUUCGGCACGUACAUUAACUGGAGUUCCGGACCAAGUAAAACUGUUGCUGGACUUUCUACAAGACAAGCGUAAACCUGUUCGGGCGCAAGUGUUGAAGUCACUUACCCAACUCGCUGACCCACAGUGUGUACAUGCCUGGCCAAAAAAGGUUAUGAACGAACUUAUAGCGAAGGCGCAAGCUUGUGAGGAUUCACGGGAACAAUACCUCUAUCUGAAUAUUCUGCUUAAACUCUGUGAUUGUCCUCUGACAUGUCAUGUGUUGUUAAAUGAGCAACAAGAAUCUGUGACAGAGUUGUGCCUUACGUGUAUUUGCUUAGACAACUAUGCUACGGCAAGUCAAGCGAUGUCAAUCUUAGCAGCACUUAUGGCUUAUUCUGGUGGCGAUAAACAAAUUACAUCCGAUAUUAUGGAAAUCGUAAACUUACAUAUGGAAGGUUUGAUUUUCUGUAUGGUGGGUGAAAAGGAAAAUGAACGCGAGCUUAAAAAAAUACUUUGUUGUGGUAUCAAAAUAGCUAGCGUUAACCUUGAAUUUGGCACAGAAUUUGUAAAUAUGUUAGCUGAUUUGAUUACCGAAGAAGUGGAAUAUCCACCUCGUAAUGCAGAGAUGAUGUGCGAUGCAUUAGGAGCUCUCGGCUCACAUUUCCAAUUGCGGAAAUUCGCUGACAUGGGUUUGACAGAGGGAGAAUCGAUGGACCUUGAUGACAUCCAGCCUACAACUUCAGCACAAGCUGCUUUAUCGGCGCAAGCAAAAGUCGGGACGGCAGAAGUGGAGACACAGGCUGAGGAGCCAUCAGACGCGCCAACGGAUAACCCAGUCUUGAAUCGGUUGCUUUUUAUAUUACAUAAAUUAAACGCGAUUGUGGACGCUGGAGCAAAUACAGAUCAAUUACAUACAGUCGAAAUUCUAGCUUCAGUAGCUCUGCAGUCUAUGCUCGGCUGUUUCAUACCUAAGGAAGUGAUAGAAUGUUUUGAGCGUUGCUGCAGCAAAAUUAAUUGUUGGAAUCAAUAUCGCAUAGCAAGAUCUGCAAGCCGUUAUGGCCAACAUUACCUCGCCGCAUAUAUAUUUUCCAAAAUAUCACAGUUCACUGUGGUAGACAAACUACAUUUCUUUUUGAUGGGCCUCGCACAAAUGGGAAGAGCUGAAUGUAUACUAAACUAUGGAGUGGAGUACGAAUUUAUGCGCGAUAACUACGAGCAAUGUGCACCCACAACGACAACGAAUAAUACACCAGAGGAUCAAACGACAACUGGAACAACAAUUUCUACGCUGAAACAAAUGCUACUAAUGCAACGCUUAGAAUCUGCAAUUAAUUUGUAUUGGCAGGCCCUUGCAAGUCUACGUGCCAGCUCGUCUCCUGCUAAUCCUCUUACUUUUCAAUUGGAAUAUCUGAAGCUGCGCGCUCAAUUCUUACAGACCCUUUACAUGGCCGUUACAGUGAAGAAUGCUCAGAUUAUUGUACCGCCUCCAGCGAUUGCGGGAAGCUUAGCGCAGAAUUCACGAGACUACUUGCAAAAAUUCGGUCAUGUCACUAAUCAGUUGCGUAAAUUAGUAAAAUCUUUGAAGAGUUGCGAAGAAUCCUACUCACGCCUCUACAAAUCUGCUUUCGAUGCAGAUCCUGUAACGUUGGAAUUUCUGGAAAUAGCUGAGUACCAAUGUGCUUUAUUCGCACACAUUGUUGAAACAAUCUGUUAUGCAACGCCUUCAGAUCCACCUGCGUUCUUAACAACCGGCCAAUGUCCUGAGACGCGCUACUUUGCGGCUUGUUGCCAUCGCAUGGAAAAAAUGCAACGCAAUUUACCACAAGAGCCAUCUAAUGCAAAAACAAUAAGUAAUCGCCACUUAGAAAUUAUUUUGUCUGAAAUUGAAUUGAUCACGAAGACUCCAAUCUGCUUACCGCGUUAUUUCUUCCAAGUCUUACAAUCAACGCAAAUUAAACUUUCUGUUAGUCCACAGCCCCGCAGUCCUGGCGAGCCUGUGCUUGUUCAAUCCGGUAGCAAUUUGGUAAUUAAAGUAGAAGGCGUCAUUCAGCAUUAUGGCAAAAGACGCUCAAUGUAUCGGAGUGUGGAUGCAGUCCAAUUGACAUUAACAUCACAACUUGUUACGCCUCGCCCUGCUAGCGAGACAUCUAAAGCCUCAACGCCUGAUACAGUAACGCUUACACAAACGGUUAAACCACAGCGAGACUUUUUGACAGGUAGCUUUCUCUUGCCCAUUUCAAGUGGAGGGCAAUGGCAGGUUACUUUAGAGACAUACGUCAUCGAUGAGAAUGGCAUAACAUGGUGCACUGGGCCGAAAAAUUCAAUGUUGGUGCGAUUAUUAGAAGAUCCGGCGAAGGCAACAGCACCAACACCAUCGACUUCAGCGCAGGCAGGCCAAACACGAAGAUUUUAAAACGAACAUCAUUAGAAUGAAAGUAAGAGAAUUUCAUUGUUUUUAUUUUUAAAAGCUGAAGUAUUUAAUAAACACACAUUUGUAAGUGAGCUUAAAAAGUUAGGAAUAUGACACCUUUACUCGUUUUUAAUAACUCAUUAAACUGUUAAGACAUUUUCUUAAAUAAAAAUUUAACUACUCGUACUUAUUUUUGGAAA